AUGCCUCCCAAGAAGAACCCGAACCCCUACAAGAACGCCCCCGCAAAGCGCAUUCCAUCUCUUAUCUCGCGCAUGGGGGCCAAAGUGUCGAACAUGGCGCGUCGCCGAUCGUCGUCGCCACCAUCUGAGGUUGAGGCCUCCACUUCUACGAUCCCUUCCUCCUCAAGCGCGUCGACUUCGGCUCAGGCGUCGACAUCGGGCCAAGCAUCGACCCCUGCUCAGCCAUCGACCUCUUUCACUCGAUCGCGCUCGCCUUCGCCCUCUGUGCCACCCACACAAGCACCCGCACCUGCACCCACAGCACCGGCCAACGACGAUGCGAUGGACGCGCUCACCGCGGCACUCGCUUUCGGUAUGUCGAUCAAGAGCCAGCAGGAAAAACCCGGCCCCAACCCUCCCUCCACCUCCGCGAAAACGCGUGCCGGGCCCACCACUCGCUCAGCCUCAGCGGCCAAGAAGAAGGUGCACUUUGAGGAUUCCCGAGCAAAGAUCGACACCAAGGCUAGGGGGAAGGCCACCACUACCUCCUUGCACAAGGCAGCGAUGGCGAAGGCGGAGGAGAUGGCCAGGGCGAAGAGGCAGCGCGAGUCGCGUGCUACCCGGAAGUUCGUGAAGACGCCUAUCCCCCGUGUCUGGCAAGAGGUUCUCGAGGGCCAGAAGAAACGGUCGCUCCAACGGAGUAUAACCUCGCAUGAGAUCUCGAUCCUUGCUCGGCCCAUCGCAGCUGCGAUUCGCCGCCAACGAGCCAUCGACACAAACGCUGAUUCGGCCAAGUCUAGCGCGGUGGUCGAACAGGACGGAGACACCGAUAAUGAGGAUAACGACGACCAGGACAACCCGGUGGCCUGGGAGAAGAUCGUUCACCUCGAGCCAAGAGUCUCCCUCCACCACUUCAACCUUCAAGAGAAUAUCAAUGAUAUCCUCGUCCACGAGUACAAGCAGCACCCGUGGGUCUAUCCAACAAACCCGACCCGCAGCAGGAAGUACACACUCGAGGAAACUAAGGAGGAGAAGAACAAUCACCAGCCCAUCGUCUCCAAGUCGCUGUCCUUCAGUAACUGGGAUGCCGACGACUUGUUCGAGAAGACUCCCAACCCUCCACCUUCCGCCCCCGCGCCUGCUCCUCCUUCGGUUCCUCCUUCGUCUCAACCCGUCGAUCUUCCACCACAACCGGCCCAGACCACCUUCCCCCCUCCUUCUUCGACCGCCUCCGACGCCCCAUCCUUCAUCCCUGCCGUUCCGUCCUACGCUACCCCACCUCCUCAGGCGAGCCAGCCCGUCCAACCUGAGCCUGUCCAACCGGCCUUCCCCCCCUCUGCCCCGCCCAUAGACCCAUAUUUGCUCUUCUCUGCGGCCGCCUUCCAGGCGCAGAUGGCCCAGACGGACAACGUCCUCAACAACCUCUUUGGGUCGACGUCUGGCACUUUCCAGCCUGUCAAUCUGCAGCCCGGGUUCGGGACGGGCUUCUCGAUGCACACUGUCGACAUCCCCGACGGCUUCAUGGCCGACGAUGAGGGCGACGACGACGACAUGAACAACGGCGGGGGGAGCAUGUUCAAUAUUGGGACACAUUUCUACCAUGGCGCAUCUCAACAGCCUGAGGCGUCGACAUCGCAGUCGACGUCUUCAGCCGACACACACUUUAUACCCUCCUCACCCUCUUCGCACCCUUCUGGGUCGGGGAUGGUGGGGGAUAACAGUGCGAGCAGCGAAGACGACAGGACCGGUUCCUCGUCUCAAGCUGCGGACCCGGCCUUCACCAGCAGCGCCAACCCUGGCGCGAACUUCGCCGUGUACCAGGGUGAAGGCUCGGAGACGUCAUAUGGUACACACCCUCUCGGGUCUUCCGACCCGCCUGCUCAGCCCGCCGACGCCAUCUACGGCGGGUGCUUCCAGCCCCAGCAGGCACCCCCUACGCCCGCCCAAGACUGGGCUCAGCAAAACCAGGAGAACAUCCCCCCUCCUGCGUACUUCCCUCCGGCUGCCGUCGACGCAUCCAACCUCCCGUCGACGCUCCCAUCCAUCCCUACCGGCCCACUCGACCCUUCCAUUCGCUCUGCACCCUCCGCCCCGACCUGGCCCAACUACGACGGCCAAUGGGCCGGUGCGACCUGGAACACGCAGGCGGACACUUCCGUCGUCUGCGAGGAGGCACCGAUGGAGACCGAGGAGGACCGCUGGGUCGUCCCCUGCGAAUUGAACUGGACGUGCCCGGACUCGGAGAUGGCUGAGCCCAUGGAGGAGAGCGACGCCUCCUUCUAUGCGGCGCCGGAGCCUCAACUAGCGUCGCAAACGACGAGCUCGAGCCAGGAGAUUCCAGGGGUACAGAUCACGAACGACGCCCCUCAGAGCCAGUCGGCUCACCCGAGCAUCCCGCUUCCAACCUGGGUACAGAGCCAACCGGCCGCCCAGCAGCUGCAGGAGCAGACACCGAUGACGACGACUUCUGGAGAACAGCAGUGGACCUGGGUACUGAGGCCGGAUUGGCACGCCCAGCAGGAAGAGGCCGCUCCACGGCCCUUGGACACACCCCCGCAAUCACCCUGGGUACAGACCAAUGACGGCGCCCAGGAAGGUCAGCCGCGCGAUUCAAGCCAGCAGCAAACCGAUUCUGUCACCUUGGAGACUGAGCAACCGCAGGAGGAAGAACGCCAGCCCGAACCGGCACCGCAGGGACCCAAAGUCGACGAAGAAGCGCAUCGCGAGAACGAGACCGAGACGGCCAAUGCCUGGAGCCAGCCCCCGUUGGGCCCCACUGGUGUUGCGGCAACUCAAGCCGCAUGUAAUUCCGGGGAGCCCGUGUCAGAGGCGGCUCAAGAUCAUCAAGCUCCAGCAGCUUACCCGACACCAUCCCCCACAUCCUCGCCCUCGCCCCCCACCACGCGUUCUUCCCUUCCGACCCCUGCACCUCAACCCGCCCGCUCGGCCUCGCCCCUUCCCUCUCCUCCCACCUCUCCGGAAGUCGCACCAUCGUCCGCAGUCGAGGAGCCGGCCCCCGCGCCGUCUCCUAUCGAGCGAGAUGCGCCUUCCGCCUGCGAAGUUCCAAGGGAGGCAGAAUCCCACCGGCGCGUCCAGGAACUACGCCUCGACGCGCCACCAGCAUCCCCAAAGAGGCCCAACGCGCCUCAAGGAAGCCAAGAACACCAGGCCUAUCGAGCAGCCUUGGAGCAGUACUUCGAGCUCAACGCUCGGUACCACGCCGUCCUCGAGCAGCGGCGAUUCUGCUACCUCGAGAACCCAUGCGACUCGCGAGUCCCGAACGCCCACCGCACCAAGCGCCGACGCUCCUCUGAUAGCAGGGAUGAAGAGCAAAGGCCGAAGCGACGGCGCCAGGACUCCGAUGUCCCCACUUUACCACGCCCAGCACCCCUCGAGCCUACACCAACGAAGCGCACCCGCGACGAGGAGGGAGACGAGGAGGCGGAAUCGUGCGAUCCCGACGCCAGGAGGAAGCGCACGAGGCGCUCGGACGAAGGAGCAGCGCCAGCCGCCUCCUCGUCCUCGCGGCCCUUCACGUUGCCGGCAGAACCCCUCCAGGGUUAUGUGCCCGUCGCAGGAGCGUGGAAGAAGCUCGAGAUCCCCCAAGCCCAGCCCGACCCGUCUGCCCCUUCGCCAUCAUCCCCUCCCUCGUCGUUGCGUCGUCCCGACUCUCCUCGUCGCAGGACCGGCCGUGCCGUCCGUUUCGCCCGCAAAGACGACGUGAGGGUGUUCGACCACAAGCAGCCGGUCAUCCCGUCGACCCGGAACACGGAAGCGUCGACUCUGGCGGCAAGUAGGCAACGGAGGGCACAAAAGGCGAGGCGGAUGUGCUCCAACUUCGUUGGCGGCGUCGCGAGGUUUUUCGGGCUCGUGUAG